AACACUUAAUAUUAUUUUUAAAAAUUAAAAUGUCGUUUAUUUAAUUUUAGACAGUUUCUAAUGCAAACGCAUUAGAAAAUGCGUCUAUGUCUGACAACAAAAUGAGCCUAAACCGAUAAACCUAAAAAAAAAACACUUCCCAACGAUUAAAAAUGACCUAAUUCAAACAAGCGGGCCACCGGGAAACUUCUGGUAUCCCGCCUGCCCAGUCCGGCCCUGCGUAAUACCCCUAAGGGCAACGUCGGGUACCACUCACUCUUUGAUCAUCACUACAUCUCAAAACCAUAUGAACUUGACAUUUUACACAGUGCUUUCUCCAAUAUGAAGUGAUUUUGAAAAAUAUUAGAACCGGCAAAAACGGUAAUUCAGCGUACAACCAAAAUCAACGUACCGAUCCAUUUGAACUUUCGUUUUAUUUGUUUUAUAACCACCAACAGUUACACCAAACUUGGCUUUUAAAUAGUGUAAUAAUCCAUUAAAACCUAUGUCUUGGCCAAGAAUGUACCGUACGAAGCCGGACAAUUGGGGUAGCUUAAAAUAAAAUUAACAACAGAGAAACACUUCUUAUUCGACUAAUGCCAGAAACCGCAAUGUUAAUAACAUGUCUACAAUACACCGUGGUCCCACAGAUUUAUUUUUUAUAAUAUAAAUUCAAUCCUAUGUGGUGGUCCCGACUAAUAAAGCUUAAAAAUGUCUCGACCACAGCGCGGCUUGUCAAUUCGUUUCGUUUGACUUAUCGAGUAACUUGUGGUAGGUGUCUGUAAAAAAAAAAAAAAAAGAAUGUACAGUGCGUUGAAUUCACGCGGUCAGUGUACUGCGGUUAAUUUUUAACGGUUUAUCAUAUCCUAUCAGCGUUUAUUGAACGUUAUCAAUACAACUCUUUAUGCGUUACCGUUUACAGUGUGGCGUAAGUGUGUUCUGACCGAUACGUUCGGCAUCGUUUUGUAUAUUUUAUUUCGAACUGCGGAAGUAGAAAUCGUCUGGUGAGUUAUAAUAAUAACGCUAUUGUGUCGUCCGCGAUAGAAUGUCAAAAUGUGAUAACGUUUUAAAACGGUUUUUGCUAAUUUGUACACGGACAAUUGAAGAACCGUGUUCGUCGAAGUCUAUCGGAUAUUUCCAUGUCAGUUUUCGUAGCGGGCUUUUGUAGCAGUGUUGAAAUCCGUGCGCAAACUCGUCGCAUUCUUGUACAGUAUAUGUAGUUUUAAUGCGAUGGUUCGACUGAGACCGUCAUGUCUCUUUCCGUUUGUUGUUGGAUUCUCGAUCAUCACUCUGCUGUGUAUAUACCUGCCUAACAAAUCAAUUCCUCUGAACGUCGGUAACAUGUCCGCAUUCAGAACGAGUAUAUUAGUGAGCACACGCUCCGUGCAACUGUUUCAAACAAAGAAAAACGAAGAAGUAGUCAUAGCUGUGGUUGUUUGUAAAAAUCGUACUUCGGAAGCAUUAGUCAUGAUUAAGUCAGCCAUAGUUUUCCGAGGUAGUUCAGAUCUAAGAAUAGUUGUAGUUGCUGAAAAAAAUAUCCAACAAGAAUUUGAUGAAACUUUACGAGAUUGGAAGCUAUUGACAAAUGAUUCAUUUUCCUAUGAAAUCCAUAGUAUUAUCUUUCCCAAAGAACACUAUGAUGAAUGGGAAAAAUUAUUUCAACCUUGUGCAUCAGAACGUCUUUUUUUGCCAUCAGUAUUAAAUCAUUUGGACUCAAUUCUCUAUGUGGACACUGAUACUUUGUUCUUGAGCAAUGUAGAUGAUGUAUGGAAACAUUUUUCUUUGAUGAAUUCUUCUCAACUAGCUGCAAUGGUACCUGAACAUGAAGACAUGAAUGUUGGAUGGUACAACCGAUUUGCUAAACAUCCCUACUAUGGUAAAUUAGGACUAAAUUCUGGUGUUAUGUUAAUGAAUCUCACUAGAAUGAGAGAAUUUGAUUGGAUUAGUCAACUAGCACCUGUUUUAGAAAAAUAUCGUCUUGACCUUACAUGGGGAGAUCAAGAUAUUAUUAAUGUUAUUUUCCACUACCAUCCAGAUAAGGUUUAUGUAUACCCUUGUCGAUAUAACUAUCGAUCUGAUCAUUGUAUGUAUAUGAGCAAUUGUAAGUCAGCUGAAGAAUAUGGAGUAGCUGUUCUUCACGGAUCUCGUUCUACGUUUCGGACCAAAAAACAGCCUGCAUUUAGAGCUCUAUUUAAUGCCAUGUCUCAAUAUCAACUUGGAAGUGAUCCAGUUAAAUAUCUCUUAGAAACAGCUGCUAGUUUACUUAACAAAACUACAGAUACAAACUGUGGACGUCUUGCUCCGAUAUUUACACAUAAUAUGAGACUUAUGUUCAAAACUGUAUAACAAAACAAUACAUUAUUUGGAAUCAAUAAUUUAAUAGUAAAUAUCAGUCACAUAGGGAUUGCAAAUACAAAAUUAUAGACUUCAUAUCAAUAUUCUCAAUUUUCUUCUGAUACUUAUUUUUAAUUCAACCAAUCAUGUAUAUCUGUCUUCUGUCUCAAUAUUAAAAUAUAUAUUAACACUUAUGGCUAAUUCAUUAACAAAUCUUCUCACUUGGCUUGCUGACCAAGGUACAAAGAUUAUAACUAUUAUAUACUAACUUCUGAUUAUACUACUUCAUCUAUGGCUUCUUAAAAUUAAUUUAAUAAGGAAAAACAUUUUUUAAUUCACUCACCUCUAAUUUAGUCAUACUAAACAUUCUUAAAGUUUAUUUUAGUUCAUUCAAUGAUUCUCUCCUCUGAACCUUUAAUAAUUAUUGACUAUUUAUUAUAUUUUUCACAUCUACUUUGAUUGUCUUUCCUUUUAUUUCAGAAAACAGCAUAUAUGAUUUACUUUUGCACUUAAUUUGAUAUUUAUAUUGAUUUCAAAUUUAUUUUAUAUUCGUACU